AUGUCUUUCCUCAAGCAAUUGCUAUUAAUGGCAGCAAUGUUGGUGUUGGUGGCCGCCCAAGACCUUGCCGAAACAAGCACCAAGUCGAUCGAUGAAGGUCGGCGAAGAAAGCGAUUCUCAAAGUUCUUCUUUAAAGCCCUCGGUCCCAUCAUGUCUACCCUCACGACAGUGGUACUGGUGAAGGCAAAGAUUGUACUGGUGGCCCUUUUUUUUGCUGGAAUUUACUUCUUUGGGCACAAAAUAUUUCCGGGUGGAUUUUUCGGACCGUCCAUCAUUAGCGAAACACCACCGCCGUUCAUCGAAUCCAGCCCUUACACCGGGUAUCAUGCGGGAGGACACGAGAUCAUCUCCAGCUAUCCAGGACCGGAACCAUUCUCCAGCUAUGAACCUCCGUCGAGUGGCUAUGGUUCUCCGUCGACGAGUUAUUUGCCCCCCUCGAACGCUUACUUACCUCCAACGUCAAGUUCGGCGUCAUCGUACUCAUCGUACUCCAAGCUCGCCGGAAGUCGCCGAAAGCGUGAUGUGGAGGGACGACAGUCAACAGGCGGAAGUGAAUCUAAUGAAGAUGAUCUGGAAGAGAAUGAAAUGUACUGGACUGACACACUAACCGAUAUGACGUUCCGCUUCUUGGGAGUCAAUCGGCGUGUCUGCCGAAAGCGUUUUGUCUGCGAGUUUGAUUUCCAGGCAAGAAGGAAUCCAAUUCUCCUUUUCGUCACACGUGCCAUUGGGCGGGAUGUAUUCCACAACUAUCGUGACGCUGCUGAUGAGAAGGCAAUCAGCUACAAAGACUGUGGCCGUAUUUACGAGGACUGCAAAGUUCCGAAGAGGAAAAAGUUUGCCCGACGUCCGGUUCGUCCGUUAGCGGCACAACAGUUCCCAUCACCGGCAGAUACAAGCAGUUACGAUAAUAUGGAAGAGAAUGAAAUUGACUCAACUGGAUCCGUGCUGGAAACUACAACGAUGCCUUCAAUUAAUCCUAGCCGAAGCAAGUUGAUAUUGCUGCCCAAGAACAGUAAUAAUCGCUUCCGACGAAAUUAA